GGCUGUCCGUGUCCGUCCGGGAGGUUCAUGCCGGUUUAAGAGCCGCUGGUGGUCGGUGUGCGCGCGCAGUAUGUGGCGUCACAAGAGCGCGAUUGUUUCCUUCAUUCACUGACGAGUUCUUCAGUUCUGCAUCUGACCAGGAUGUAGGUGUGACGGGCCGGUAAACACACUUCAGGGUUGUUUGUCUAGUUAGUGACACACCUACAGGAGUGACACCCUUUCAGAUUCAUAUGUUGGCGGGUCGGAUGCGAGCCCUGUGUGCAGUGCUGUGCCUCGGCCUGGUGGCGGCGCUGCAGCCGAAGCAGGUCCACAAAGCGCAGCCCGGCGUCUACGGACAGCAGUGGGUGACGGAGAACUGCAGGCGGCUCUCCAUCCUGCUGAGGCAGAAGAACUCGGCCGUCCGUAAGCUGGGCGCGGCCGCGGUGGCGCUGGAGCGGGACGAGACGCUGGCGCAGCCGGAGAAGCUGUUCCGCGUUCACACGCUGGAGGUGUUUCAGCGCGAGCUGAACGAGAGCGAACGCUCCCUCUUCCAGGCCGUGGAGGGGCUGCAGAGGGUGCUGAAGGGGAACUUCAGAGACGUGGUCAACAUGAAGGACAGCAGCCGGCAGAGACUCCAGGCGCUCAGGGAAGCCGCCAUCAAGGAGGAGCAGGAGUACAUGGAGCUGGUGGCAGCGGAGAAACACCAGCAGGAGGCGCUGAAGGUGGCACAAGACCGAAACAAAACCCUGUCCAUGCUGGACGAGAUCCUGGAGGACGUGAGGAAGGCCGCAGACCGGCUGGAGGAGGACAUCGAGGACCACGCCUUCGACAACAACAAACAGAUGAAGGGGGUGAACGUGGAGGCCGUCCUGAGGGUGGAGGAGGAUGAGGAGGACGGGAAGAGGAAGAACGUGUCGAGGCAGGAGGACAAAGGCAAUCUGGGGCUCAGCAUGCUGAUCGACUCGCAGAAUAACCAGUAUGUGCUGACCAAACCACGCGACUCCACCAUGCCCCGCGCCGACCACCACUUCAUCAAGGAUCUGGUGAUCGUGGUCAUGUUGUCUCUGCCGUGCGGGUGGCUGUGUACGCUGAUGGGACUGCCGCCCAUGUUCGGUUACAUCAUCUGCGGGGUUCUGCUCGGCCCAUCAGGACUCAACAGCAUUAAAUCGAUGGUUCAGGUGGAGACGUUAGGAGAGCUGGGCGUGUUCUUCACUCUUUUUGUGGUCGGUCUGGAGUUUUCACCUGAACGCCUCCACAAGGUGUGGAAGAUCUCGCUGCAGGGCUCUGGAUAUCUGAGUCUCCUGAUGGUGGCCGCUGGCCUGCUGUGGGGUCAGAUGCUCGGCCUUCACCCCACACAGACCGUCUUCAUCUCCAGCUGUCUGUCUCUCUCCAGCACUCCUCUGGUGUCUCGCUUCCUGGCCGGAGGCUCCAGAGGAGAGUCAAAGGAGGGUGAGCUGGACUACAGCAGUGUUUUGCUGGGCAUGCUGGUCAUGCAGGACGUGCAGCUCGGUCUGUUCAUCGCUGUCAUGCCCACAUUGAUUCAAGGAGGAAAUGGAGACACUGACAGUGUGCUGAUGGGAGCGCUGCAUGUUCUGGUUCUGCUGACUCGGGUCCUGGUGUCGCUGGCGGCCGUGCUGCUGAUGUGUUGGCUCCUGCGCUCUCAUCUGAUUGGUCCGUUCUACAGGAAGUUGCAUGCGGAGAGCAAAGGGAACAAGGAAAUACUAGUGCUGGGCACCAGCGCCUUUGUGUUCAUGAUGCUGACGGUGACAGAAUUUAUGGACGUGUCUAUGGAGUUGGGAUGCUUCCUGGCCGGAGCGCUGCUCUCAUCGCAAGGUCACAUGGUCACAGCUGAGGUCAUGAGCUGCACUGAACCAAUCAGAGACUUCCUGGCCAUCAUCUUCUUUGCAUCUAUUGGGCUGCACGUGUUCCCGACCUUCGUCCUGUACGAGCUGACCAUCCUGCUGGUCCUGACCUUCUCUCUGGUCAUUAUGAAGUUCAUCAUGGCGGUGCUGGUUCUGUCCGCCAUCCUUCCUCCGGGCUCGCGUCACAUCCGCUGGCUGGUGUCGGCCGGACUGGCGCAGGUCAGCGAGUUCUCCUUCGUCCUGGGCAGUCGUGCUCGUCGGGCCGGCAUCAUCUCCAGAGAGGUGUAUCUGCUGGUUCUCAGCGUCACGACUCUAAGCCUCCUCCUCGCUCCAGUGUUGUGGAGAGCCGCCACGCUCAAAUGCAUCCCGCGGGCCGAGAGGAAGCCGCUCACCUGAGUCUCUCCUGAGGAGACGCUCGCAUCAAACUCACGUUAAUGCAUCAUAUUGAUGAUAAACGGUUUGUGAGAAACUGAAGGGCAGAUAAUCAAAUACAAAGCAUUAAUAUAUAAAACAUGAAUACAGUAAUGAAAGGAAGACUCCAACUUUUAUAAUGUGUCUGUUAUAAUGUGUUAUAAAUGACCAAACGCUAUUUAUUUGUGCCUUGAGACGAGCUGAAGUCAGCAGACGUGCAGCUGUUGUGACGAGAAGCUCUUUUGCACUGCAGAUGUCGCAGGAAACACUGAAGCCUGUGAUUGGCUGGGAUUCUGAGCACAAGGUGGCGGUUCUUAAACUCUUCACAGAUGUAACUGGAGUACUCUGAAUCAUUUCUCUGGACUGUUGAUUCUCAUUUAGGAGCAAAAUACACAAUUAAAAACUUGACUUCUGUCA